UUGUGAUACAUUUGUAGUUAAAGAAGACACAUGGGAAUAUCCACUCCCCUAUUCUCUAUUGGUUUAAUCCAAGAUGGCUGCGCCGGAGGAGUUGCAACUUUUCCGCAAGCUCGGAAUCGGAGCAAAGUUCGACACAAAACGCUUCAGGAAAGACGCCGAACGUUCUCAGAUGAUUAGAGCUCAAGUCACACCAACAGUAACCAAAGAAGAGGCAGACAAAGCUCUGGAUUUCUUUGGUAAUUUAUCAAAGCAGAAACCCCAAAAAACAACCACAGAGAAUACCAGAGAAGAUGAGACCAGCACAGAGACAUCAAGGAGAGAGAAGAGUACAGAAGCAUUGAAGAGUGAUAGCUAUGGAGUACAAUCAAGAAAAGGGAAGAAGAGAAAACAGACAAGAGAAGAAACAGACGGUGAUAACAGUGAUGAUAGUGAAGACAGCUUACAGUUGCUUGGUGACAUUAAAGCCUCAAAGAAAAAGAAGAAGAGGAAAAAGAAAGACCUUACAGUGGACAAGGUGGAGCAGAUCAAACAAGAAAAGCUGAGUGAGUUUCGACACAAGAAGCGGAUCCACGUGCAGGGCGAUGACGUCCCGCCCCCUGUCAGUAGUUUCCAGGAACUGCAGGGAGUGUACGGUAUCCACCCACAGAUCCUCAACAACCUACAGGGUCUGGGGUAUGACCAGCCUACACCUAUCCAGAUGCAGGCUAUCCCACUUAUGUUACAGAGGAGAGAGAUCCUGGCCUGUGCACCGACGGGUUCGGGUAAGACGGCAGCCUUCAUCUUACCCAUCCUGCACCACCUGCGGGAGCCGCGCCGGCAGGGCUUCAGGGCCGUGGUCGUGUCUCCAACCAGGGAGCUCGCAAAACAGACGUUUACGUGGUUCCAGAGACUGGGGGAGGGGCGGGGCUUCAGGACCUACUACAUAGAGAAACCUGCACAGGCUGCCAAGAAGUUUGGACCCAACUCUGCAAAGAAGUUUGACAUUUUGGUGACAACUCCAAACAGACUGGUGUACAUGCUGAAGCAAGAUCCUCCCAUCAUAUCAUUACACAGCGUGGAGUGGCUGGUAGUGGACGAGUCAGACAAACUGUUUGAGGAGGGAAAGCAGGGUUUCCGAGAUCAGCUGGGGUUCAUCUACAAGGCCUGCGACUCCUCCCACGUGCGCAGGGCCAUGUUCAGUGCAACGUUCGCGUACGACGUGGAGCAGUGGUGCAAGUUAAACCUGGACAACGUGGUGACAGUCAACAUCGGAGCAAGGAACACAGCUGUGGAUACAGUUGAACAACAGCUGCUAUUUGUUGGCUCAGAAUCUGGCAAAUUACUGGCCAUGAGAGAGCUUGUCAGAAAGGGACUGACUCCUCCAGUGCUGAUCUUUGUUCAGUCCAAAGAGCGAGCCAAGGAGCUGUUCCACGAGCUGAUCUAUGACGGUAUCAAUGUGGACGUGAUCCAUGCAGACAGGACUCAGACACAGAGAGAUAACACAGUGAAGUGUUUCCGGACUGGGAAGAUCUGGGUUCUGAUCUGUACUGAGUUGAUGGGGCGAGGCAUCGACUUCAAAGGUGUCAACCUGGUCAUCAACUAUGACUUCCCUACCAGUGCUGUCAGCUACAUUCACAGAAUAGGCCGAACUGGCCGAGCAGGAAGACCUGGCAAAGCCCUGACCUUCUUCACCGAGGACGACCUUGUCCAUCUGAGAGGCAUAGCAAAUGUGAUGAGAGAGGCAGGCUGUGAAGUGCCAGAAUACAUGCUGGAACUCAAGAAAGCAAAAAGGAAAGAGAGAAGAUUUCUGGAGAAAAGAGCACCAAAGCGGAAAAGUAUCAGCACUACACCCAAGAUGUUUGUGGACAAGGCUAUGAGAAAAAGAAAAAUGAUUGAGAAGAGCAAGAAAACACAAGGAAAGACCAGGAACCAGCCUGGUGGUUCCAAGGCAAAUACACAGCAAGAAACUGGAAACCUCAAACACCAUACAAAGAAAGGUGCCACCAGCGAUGAACCAACUGCCAAGUCACUGCCAGGGCCAAAAGGUGGCAAUAAAAGAAUAAAGAAACGAAAGCAAGCCAGCAACAUUGUUUCCAAGUCAUAAGGCUGCUUUGUUGUGAAAUGCUGAGGUCAUGCAUGUAUCUAAUGUAUGUAGUUUAAUUUUCAUACAUAUUUGAUAAUGCAAAUGUUGCCUACCAAGAAUUAUCACAGUUUUUGUUCAUUAGAAUUACACAAAUCUUAAAAGUUUGUUAACAAUUACUAAUGAUAGAACUGUAACAGAGAUGUGUAUAAGGAUCAUGAUGCCUUAUUUCAU